CUGGACCCUCCACCAGGGCUGGUAAACUGCCUGCCACCCCGCCAGUAGCAAGCAUUCUACUUCUAUCACCGUAUGGAAGCUACGGGCCGGGCUUCCAGAAGACAGCUGUGCCCACCUGGGACCAUGUGGCUGGUCCUGGCCUAUCUCCUCAGCUACCUGCUCACCUCUAGUAAGGCCAAGGUCUUCAGCCGCUGUGAGCUGACCAAAGUGCUUAAUGACUUCGGUCUGGAUGGCUUCCGGGGAUAUAACCUGGCUGACUGGAUUUGUCUUGCUUACUACACAAGUGGUUUCAAUACAGCUGCUGUGGACCAUGAGGCUGAUGGAAGCACUAACAAUGGUAUCUUCCAGAUCAGCAGUCGGAAGUGGUGCAAAACUCUCACCCCGAAUGGCCUCAACUUGUGCCGGAUGUAUUGCACUGACUUGUUGAAUGAAAACCUCAAGGAUUCUGUUGUCUGUAUCAUGAAGAUAGCUCAAGAGCCUCAGGGUUUGGGCCUCUGGGAAGCCUGGAGGCAUCACUGCCAGGGCAAAGACCUCACCGACUGGGUGGAUGGCUGUGACUUCUAG